AUGUCAGAAUCACAACUCAAGAAAGUUUUAAAGGAAAACGAAGUCUUGAAGGCUCAAUUGGAAAGAUCUUUGACUAUUCUCAAGGUCUCUGAAGCCUGUGCUACUUUACAAGAUUAUUGCACCAAGACCCCAGAUCCCUUUAUUCCAGGAUGGCAAGGAGAAAAUGAGUGGACUAAGCCACUCAAGGGAGGUAGUUGCUCUGUACUAUAA